AUGAGAAAGGUGGGACGAUGCUUGAAGUGGCGGAGCUUGUGGAACAAUGCGGAACUGAGUUCUGCUGGGAAGUUGGGGGAGGAGGAGGAAGAGGCAGCUGCGGUUGUAGCUGCUGCUGGUGCUGCUGUUGCUGCGGUUGCUGCUGCUGCUGCUGUUGCUGCGGAGGAGGAGGAGGAGGAGGAGGAGGAGGAGGAGGAGGAGGAGGAGGAGGAGGAGGAGGAGGAGGAGGAGGAGGAGGAGGAGGUAGAGAGAAGGGUUGACUCGGGGCAUGGUGGGCUUGGGUGGAGAGUUUACACUGAAGUCCCCGAGUCGGGCCAUAGCGAGGCACAUAUUCACGAGGAGAGAAGGCUGCUGCUGCGCCGCAGCCUGCGCUCAAACCCCUGA